AUGACUUUCAACGUUUUCGAAGAUUUCCGGAAUUCAAUCGGUGGUAAACAGACCACUACCUCUGAGAACCGCCAUGGCAUCAACCCGGCUACCUCGGAGCCCAAUCCAAACGUCCCUGUUUCUACCCAGGAAGAUGUAAACAGAGCAGUCGCCGCUGCCGAAGAGGCCUUCAAGAUUUGGGCCAACACCCCCUUCGCCGAGCGCCAGAGGGCUGUUCUUGCAUUUGCUGAUGCAAUAGAGAAGUAUGCUUCGGACUUUGCGAAGCUCCUUGUUCAGGAGCAAGGUAAACCGAUGCACGUCGCAACACUCGAAACAAAUACGUCCACGCAGAUGCUCCGCCAAAUGGCGAAGAUAGCUGCUGAUAUGAAGGUUGAGGUCGUGGAAGACAGUACAGAGCGUAGGAUCAUUGUCCGGCACACUCCCAUUGGUGUCGCUGUCGGCAUCGUCCCUUGGAACUUCCCUCUCUCUCUUGCCUGCCAAAAGAUUGCGCCGGCUGUGCUCACUGGAAACACCAUAAUUAUCAAGCCAUCCCCCUUUACCCCUUAUACUGGCCUUAAACUGGUUGAGCUGGCGCAGAGCGUUUUUCCUCCUGGCGUUGUUCAGGCGUUGAGUGGUGAUGAUAACCUUGGACCUUGGCUCACCACCCAUCCUGGCAUCGGUAAGAUCAGCUUCACGGGCUCUUCGGCAACGGGAAAAAAGGUUAUGGAAAGUGCUAGCAAGACUCUGAAACGAGUUACACUUGAAUUGGGGGGGAAAGAUGCCGCCAUAAUCUGCAGUGACGUUGAUAUAGAAACGACCGCCGCCAAAGUCGCCUCUCUAAGCUUCCUUAACUCAGGUCAAAUCUGCGUCGCCAUCAAGCGUGUUUACGUGCAUGAAUCCAUCUUCGAAAAGUUCCGCGAUGCCAUUAUCGCCUUCACAAAGACCCUUAAAGUUGGCGAAGGAGACAAAGAAGACACUUUCAUGGGCCCUAUCCAAAACUCCAUGCAAUUCGAAAAGGUGAAGCAAUUUCUGUCCGACCUUACUUCCGAGCAAAUCGCCCUUUCCAACGGCACCAAUCAGCCCUUCGACUCCUCCAAGCCAGGCUUCUUCAUCAACCCCACUAUCGUCGAUCGCCCCGCCGAUCACUCACGGAUUGCGAUAGAAGAACCCUUCGGUCCGAUAUUGCCGCUUAUGUCCUGGCGUGAGGAGAACGAUGUAGUCGCCCGUGCGAACAAGACCCGCAUGGGUCUUGGUGCAUCCGUAUGGUCAGAUAACGAGAAGCAGGCUGAACGUAUUGCAAGUAAGCUACAGGCUGGGAGUGUCUGGGUGAACACGCAUUUAGAGCUUGAUGCUCGUGCCCCAUUUGGUGGGCAUAAAGAGAGUGGACUUGGUUCAGAGCUGGGUAUGGCUGGGUUGGAGGCAUAUACUAAUUUACAGACUCUGCAUUUGAAGAAGAAACCUUGA